CCUGGGGCCCGGGGCUGCAGAGCCGUCUACAUCGGACUCUUGGGGCUCAAUCUCUCAGGAGUGGCGCCCUCUUUUGCUUCUCCGGAGGGGCCAGCGGCUCAGACGGGCCUGGCAAGGCCCCUCUUCUCUGUCGAGGUGACAUCAUGGCAAAUUCCCAAACUGGACGGACCCGGCUCCGGUGACAUCCAGCAGGGCCAACCGGUCCGGCCCAGGCUGGGCUAGGAGGCCUCAGUGCCAGCUGGGGGGACUGGGCUCUGCGCCCUGCAGGGUCAGCGCGCUGGGGGUGGAGUUCUGUUCCGCCCGCCCUCGGCGUGGACUGUGCCCUCGGCGGGCACGCAGACCAGCAGGUGUCUCGACUACAUUGUGAGAGUGAAUCUUUCAAGAUGGACCUGAUCCUAGAUGUAAACAUUCAGAUUUACCCUGUGGACUUGGGUGACAAGUUCCGGUUGGUCAUAGCCAGUACCUUAUAUGAAGAUGGUACCCUGGAUGACGGUGAAUACAACCCCACAGAUGAUAGACCUUCCAGGGCUGACCAGUUUGAGUAUGUAAUGUAUGGGAAAGUAUAUAGGAUCGAGGGCGACGAAACUUCUACUGAAGCGGCAACGCGUCUCUCCGCCUACGUGUCCUAUGGCGGCCUGCUCAUGAGACUGCAGGGUGAUGCCAACAACCUGCAUGGAUUUGAAGUGGAUUCCAGAGUUUAUCUGCUGAUGAAGAAACUGGCCUUCUGAAGCACCCAGGAAGCCAGCCUUGCUGCUUAGUCACUCAGGACGUGGACAUCCGUUCGAGCCUGAGGGGCAGUUACGAUUGACCGCCUGUUCAGGAAGGGCUGCCUGGCUGGCCACUGGGGGUGCGUCUGGAGGUGGUCUGGACUCAAUGGGAAACUUGCCUGUGAAAGACCCUGUGGGAGAGCUUAAAACAAAUCAGAAGUUGUUUUGCGUAUAUGAUUUUUUUAUUAAACUUUACUUUUUCAGA